CACCCUGAAUAGCAGCAUAUCACACACACAUAUACCCACAAUGGCUUCCAACGGCGAGGGCGGUGCUGGUGAGAAGAUCAACACCGACAUCAUCACUCUCACACGAUUCCUUACCGAGGAACAAACAAAGGUCAAGGAAGCGACCGGAGACUUCACAUUGCUAUGCCACGCUCUCCAAUUCGCCUUUAAGAGUAUUUCCUACUACAUCCGGAGAGCGACAUUGAUCAACCUCACGGGUCUCCAAGGCACAUCCAACACGACGGGCGACGACCAGAAGAAGCUCGACGUAAUUGGCGAUGAGCUCUUCAUCAGCGCCAUGCGGUCGUCUGGUCGCGUGCGCCUCCUCAUUUCCGAAGAGCAAGAAGAAGCCAUCGUUUUCCACGAGCACCCCAACGCCCGCUACGCCGUCGCCUGCGAUCCCAUUGACGGAUCGUCCAACCUCGACGCCGGAGUGUCGGUCGGCACCAUUUUCGCCGUUUACAAGCUACCCGAGGACUCCAAGGGCACAAAGGAGGAGCUUCUGCUCCCGGGCACCGAGAUGGUGGCCUCGGGCUUCACCAUGUACGGCGCGUCUGCCCAAUUGGUCAUCACCAUGAAGGGCGGCAACGUCAACGGCUUCACGCUCGACAACGCCUUUGGCGAGUUCAUCCUCACACACCCCAACAUGCGCGUCCCCAAAUCAAGGUCAAUCUACUCGGUCAACGAGGGAAACAGCUUGUACUGGGAGCAGCCCGUCAAGGACUGGUGCGAGAGCUUGAAGAACCCCGCUGAGGGCGGAAAGCCCUACAGCGCACGAUACAUUGGCUCCAUGGUCGCAGACGCUUACCGAACACUGCUGUACGGAGGCAUCUUUGCUUACCCCGCUGACAAGAAGUCUCCCAAGGGCAAACUUCGUAUUCUGUACGAGUGUGCUCCAAUGGCCAUGGUUUUUGAGAAUGCUGGCGGUAUGGCUGUAAACAGCAAGAUGCAGCGUAUGCUCGAAGUGGUGCCCGAGCACAUUCACGACCGAUCGGGUAUCUUCCUGGGCUCGGAAGGCGAGGUGCAAAAGGUCAUUGAUGCACACAAGAAGUACCAACAGUAGGCGAGUGAGUGCUACCAAUGUUCAAAAGUAAGUCUUGGAUUGUAAUGCAGACGGCUAUGCGAAAGCUUAGGAUUGUACUUGUGCAAUGUAACAACGUACGUAGCAGUAAUUCUAUGAUUGUUCGAUGCCC